GACUUUUAUUCUAUAUCGUGUCCUACGUCUGUUCUGUUUCCGGUUGCGGUCAGGCCGUAGAAAUGGCUCAAGGCAAACAGAAAUUUAAAGCGCAGCGCCCCGGAGGAGCUAAAAAGCAACAACACAAACCGAAAGGACUCAAGAAAGGAGGAAGGAUCAUCGCACCCAAAAAAGCUCAAGUGGUCCAGCAGCAGAAGCUGAAGAAGGGUUUGGAGGUGGCCAUCAGGAACAGGAUUGAACAAGAAGUCACACAGAAGGCCAGCACAUCCCUUCACAAGAAACUGAGUGUGCUGAAGACUCCAGCGGGGGGGAAAAAACCUUCAAAACCAGCUGCUGGACCGUCCAAGUCCAACUGAUGACAGGCGAGCACUGUGAUCUGCUGUACAGCCGCUAGAUGGCGCCACCAUAUUAUAAAAACUGCUGUUUGCCACUUUCUGUGGACUAACAGUGAAAGGUUUGUUCAUUUUU